AUGACGCCACUCAUACCGGAUGAAAUAUGGGUUGCGAUUCUCUCCUAUCUGCCCGACUUCAACUGUCUCAGGAACACAGCUCUCGUAUCGCCAACACACCUUCGCUGCGCUCCCUCGGCAUGCCGGCAGGUGCUCCUGAACGAAGUAGGCCACCGUAUUCUCUCGGAUGCCAUAGCAGCACUCGAAUCAUCCAAAUUCGACCCGAGAGACCUUAACCUGGUCGCCAACUUCAGUGACGAAUACCUCAAGAGGCGAACCCCUAUCCCCCCCAUGAUGAGCUUGUCGGAUGGCGCCGCGCUGUCAGGGCUGCACAAGUGUGUAGACCAUCUGGGAUCGAAGUUUCAAGAUCUUGCACUGCAAAGUCUAGUGAAGGAGCAAUGCGGUCUGGUCAACUAUAUGCAUAACUGGCCUGAGGUGUCUGCCACGACCGAGAAACCUUCAGCUGCUGAAGCGGCCCGAUUUCAGAGGGCACUAUACCGCUUCGAGGUUUACUGUAACCUAUUUAAGGACCCGGAAGUUGUACGGUUCAAUCUGGAUGUUGUCAACUUCCAACGAGCACAUUUCUUUGACUGCUUGUCGCCCUGGGAAAUCGAACAACUGGUUGCCACCAGAGACCUCCUCGCGGCGGUUGUCAUCGGCCCUCGUAGUGUACUGGACGCCUCCGAUCCUGCCUCCCAAUCUGGAGCGCAGUGA